AUGAAGAAGUACAUGUUAGCUGAUCUGAAGCUAGAGAUUCAACCUCGCGAGUCGAAAGUUUACAUCCCCUCCUGGCAUCAACACCCUGAUCUCUCGCAGCUGAAGAAGAGCCUUAAGCGCCGUCUCAAGACUCAACUUCUUCACUUCGAGGUCGUCACUGGCGGGAUUACACUUGGCGGCCUGCCUAUCGGCACGGAUGGAUUUCAUGCUAGUCAGCUCCGAGCGAAGGUUUCUACCCUCAACGAAGAGCUCUCGAAGCUCGGGCUCGUCCAGCAUGGCUUCAUGUUCAAGACGCUGGUGAGGGCGAGCCAUCUCCAGAAGCUGCGCUUCUUCCUCCAGGGGUCUUCUCCGUUUCUCCCGCGGGUCCAAUCACAGAUUCGUCGCUUUGACCUCUCUGUCCACCUGGCGCUAGAGAAAUACCACCGCUGGCCUUCCUCGCAGUACCUCGCCGCGCAUCCCGACCUGCUCGAGUUUGCGAGGUUCAAGCGGGAGCUUCCGCAUAGUCGGGGAGGGGACGAGUUCACGCCCUCUGAGGGUCUACACCCCGCUGUUUACUAUACGGCUAUCGCUCGCUUCCUCGCUUGGUACUCUGACCAGCCCAUGUCCCGGACGCUGACCUCUCCUCAUAGCCUGGACGUUCACUGCUCGAGAUCUCUCCGUGCCCAGAAGCAUCCUCUGGCGACCUUCUUCGUUGAGGCGCACGACUUCGUUCAUAAUGCUGGAGCGAUCCUCUACCGUCGUGUCCAGGCUCCUGCACCGGCUGCAGAUGGCGCGGCGAUCCCACCUGCCCCGGCUGCUGUGCCUGAUGACGCAGGACGCCCCCCGGCAUCUGUGCGUGAUAUCCUCACCUUGCACAGCCGCAGGACACACUCGCUCAAGUCGCAGGAUAGGGUCUUGCAGUCUACCAUCUUCGCUCAUUUUCCUGAGCGAGACCUGAGCCACUCUCCGAUGCGAGUCUCGAGCUACUACCCCCUCAAGGCCUUCCCGCACCGCUAUGCUCAGAUGCUCGACUGCUAUCUCCAUGGCAUGCCGAUCUGCCAGUGUCCGACGAAAUGUGAUGGAUGUCAGCGCGAGCUCGAUCCCUCCGUUGCUGCACAUCAUCUCCAGACCUGCAAACGCCGAUCCUCCAAGCUUCCCACGGCGCAUGACAACCUUACUCGUACGAUUCGGUCGAUGCUGAACGAAGCUGGUCUUCAGAGCGUCAUCGAUACAGUGGGGGAUCCUCGUUCUCGACGGCAGGUACCCUCCCAUCCUCAUGGCCGCAAGAUGAAGGGCGAUAUCCACAUCCCUGGAAUCCGCGAUCGAGGGUCCGAGCAGUACGAGGGCUUGAUGGCGGACGUGACGUUGGUCCACCCUUACAUUGGUAGCUCUGCCGACCUGACCAAGUGGGGGGAGGUCAACCUCGACGCCCUCCAUGUUGCAGCGUCUGAGAAGAUUCGCAAACAUCGCGCUGCAUAUGCCAUGACUACUCCUCCUCGAGCGUUCAUCCCUCUUGCCAUCUCGACGGACGGUACCCUGCAUCCUGACACCCUCCGCUUCCUCUGGUAUUUGGCGGACAUCCCUGGAAUCCGCGAUCGAGGGACUCCGGGUGCGGUCCACUUGAUGGCGGACGUGACGUUGGUCCACCCUUACAUUGGUAGCUCUGCCGACCUGACCAAGUGGGGGGAGGUCAACCUCGACGCCCUCCAUGUUGCAGCGUCUGAGAAGAUUCGCAAACAUCGCGCUGCAUAUGCCAUGACUACUCCUCCUCGAGCGUUCAUCCCUCUUGCCAUCUCGACGGACGGUACCCUGCAUCCUGACACCCUCCGCUUCCUCUGGUAUUUGGCGGACAUCAUUGCUCAGCGCUCAAUGCCUCUUGAGGAUGCGGCGUUUGGUCGGCACUUUGUGCCUGAUGACGGCCCUGCUGCUGAGGUCUUGGCUCGCAAACGCGCCGCCACCUAUCAGCGCCUCACCAUGCAGCUGACGCUGGAAGCGCUCUUGUCUGGUGCGAGGCGCAUGACGCCCUUGCGGGCGCAAGCACUUCUCGAGCCAGAGGACAGCUCCUCCUCGGACUUUGUCGAGUCGCCCGAGGAGUCUUCGCCGGAGGUCUCCGACUCCGAUGGGGGAAACCCUUCGAGUGGCGCUGACGAUCGGCGCGGAGCUGGCGAGGCGUCUCCGUCCCUCACUGUGACGUCGGGUGCCUCCGGAGAGCUCGACACCACUGGGGUGCUUGCUGCUGGUCCGAGCUCGCCUGCUUCCUCCCCGGCAUCGGUCGGGUCACGCCGGUCCUUGGGCAUUGCCGCGGCGUCGCCGCCGUCACGGGCGGCUACCACUGACUUGGCUACCGCUGACUCGGAGGCUAGCGAGGAGGACUACCUCGAGCGGUACCGUGUUCAUGUGUCCAGCCUCCCUCCGUCCGCUGCCCCAGGCGGACACCCGGGCAGCGCCGGCUCCUUGUCGGCGGCUGCCCUUUCUCCGUCCGCGGCCGCCCGCUUUGUGGCGGCAGCGGACGUCUCGACUGACAGUGGUCAGUCGGCUGCCUCCGGGUAUCGCGUCUAA